AACAAGAGGAAAGAGGAGUUAACCAGGGGAGUGAGUUACUAUCAUAGGUAGGUUUCCAAUAGUUCAAAAUGUGUAGUUUGGUUUUCGCAACAAACUUUGGAUUACUCGCGUUAAUUUGAUUUAAGCAAAUGUAGACUAUGUUGUGAGAUUUCGUUGAUCGGUUUACAAACCUACAAAUCGGAGUCGGGCAUUUAUAGACGCCCAGGAUCGGAAUUGUAUUAACACUUGUGCUACUUGCUAACGCAACCGCAGUAGUUUGAACCUCUUUCGUUAGGCCAUACAGAGGAGCUCAGUCUGCUCUCGUCUGGCUGUGUGGACCUUCUUGAAAAUACAGUAUCUGGAUUCCAGAAUUGUGUGUAUGGAGCAGUGUGCGAGCGCGGCCUCCCUGCUGGCCUCGGUGCGGGAGCAGGAGAGGCAGUUUGAGAUGCUGAGUCGGGCCCUGGAGGAGGAGCGACGGUGCAGCGGGACCGCCUCCGGUACCCUGCCCCGCCCCCUCCCCACCCUACAGAACGGGCGCGUGUCUUGUGAUGCGGACAUAGAGAGGCUCACUCUGAGCGAGGCGCACAUCAACGGGUCACAUUACAUGAUGGAGCCGGGUCACGUUGUCGAGGAGACGUUCACCGUAGAGGAUGAACCUCAAGAGGCUCCACCCAUUGUCUCCGUGGAAACCGGCGAGGACGGAACCACACGACGCACAGAGAUGACGGUGAAGAAAACGGUCAAGACCACCACAACCAGGCACGUCAUCCCCUCCGUGUCUGACACGCUCUCCCUGGACGGCAUGGGGGGCGGCGGGGGGUCGGUAACGGGCAUGGGGGGCUACACCACGCCCAUGGAGCGCGUCUACCGCCAGGCGGUGCCCAUGGACUACCCCACCUCCACAGUGCCCCGCAACUACCACUACGGACCCCCGGUCGGGUAUGAGGACUACCGGGCAGGCCCCCCCUCGGAGACAUACACCAGCCUGAACAGGGGGGGGCGCAUGGACGAUAGAUACAGGCCAGUCGAUGGCUACCACACCCUGGACCCAGGCUACCGGUCCCACAGCCGGAACCACCUGGACCACUAUGCUGCUCAGCCACAGGUGCGUAUGGGCAGUGCUCUGGAGCUGUCGGGCCUGCAGCGCUUCGUCCCGGAGCCCUACGGCCUGGAGGACGACCAGAGGAGCAUGGGAUACGACGAGCCCGACUACGGCAUGGGGCCGCCCAUCCACUACGGCACCGUGCCGCGCAAUGCCCACUUCACCCACGGCCCGCCACGCAGGACAGGGAGUUACGAGGGCAUCCUGGACGGGGGGGCAGGGGACAUGUACUACUGGGGGGGCGGAGCCCCGCUGGCGCAGGGCGAGAGGGGGAGCAUGGCCUCAUUGGACAGCACCCUGCGGAAGGGCCCGCCCCCUUCCUGGAGGCAGCCCGAGCUGCCGGAGGUCAUCGCCAUGCUCAACUACAGGCUGGACCCCGUGAGGAGCAACGCCGCCGCAUACCUGCAGCACCUCACCUACAAGAACGACAAGGUGAAGUCAGACGUUCGGCGUAUGAAGGGCAUCCCUGCCCUGGUCUCCAUGCUGGACAUCCCCAAGAAGGAGGUGCACCACGCCGCCUGCGGGGCGCUCAAGAACAUCUCGUACGGACGCGACCACGACAACAAGAUCGCCAUCAAGAACUGCGACGGCGUCCCCGCCCUGGUCCGCCUGCUGAGGAAGACCCGGGACCAGGACCUCACCGACACCAUCACAGGCACCCUGUGGAACCUGUCGUCCCACGACUCGGUGAAGAUGGAGAUCGUGGACCACGCCCUGCACGCCCUCUCCGACGAGGUGAUGGUGCCCCACUCCGGCUGGGAGCGGGGCGGGGGCGGCGGAGGGGGCGGAGAGGAGAACUGCAAGCCCCGCCACUUGGAAUGGGAGACGGCGCUCACGAACACGGCCGGCUGCCUCCGAAACGUGAGCUCUGAGCGCAGUGAGGCCAGGAGGAAGCUUAGAGAGUGCACAGGAUUGGUCGACUCGCUCAUGUACAUCGUCCAAUCACAGAUUGACCUUAAAGAUGUUGACAACAAGUUGAUAGAGAACAGCGUGUGUCUGCUGAGGAACUUGUCCUAUCAGGUGCAUCGAGAGGUGCCGGGCUGCGAGCGCUUCCAGGAGGCCCCGCCCCUCAACCAGGGCCCCGCCCCCAGCUCCACGCAGAAGGCAGGCUGUUUCAGCUCCCGCAAGGGCAAAGAUGAGUGGUUUUCCAAAGGGAAGAAAGACGAGGAUGUGGCUGCGGAUAUGAUUGAAAUUCCAAAGAGGACUACACCUGCCAAAGGCUACGAGCUCCUGUUCCAGCCGGAGGUGGUGCGUGUCUACACCUCCCUGCUGAGGGAGAGCAAGAACCCCACGGUGCUGGAGGCCUCAGCCGGCGCCAUGCAGAACCUGUGUGCCGGACGCUGGAGCUAUGGUCGGUACAUCCGAGGGCUGGUGCGCCAGGAGAAGGGGAUGCCCAUGAUCACAGAGCUGCUGGCCCACGGGAACGACCGUGUGGUCCGGGCCAUGUCUGGAGCCCUCAGGAACCUGGCCAUCGACGCCAGGAACAAGGACCUCCUAGGAAAGCACGCAGUGCCCCACCUAGUGGCCAACCUGCCCGGUGGCGGUCAGAGCCAGCCUGUCCGAGCCCUGUCUGAGGAGACGGUGGUGUCCGUACUGAGCACGCUCCACGAGGUGCUAGGCAACAGCGUGGAGGCCGCCAAGACCCUGAGAGCCGCCCAGGGCAUCGAGAGACUGGUGCUCAUCAACAAGGACGGCAACCGCUCGGACCGGGAGGUGCGAGGGGCGGGGCUGCUCCUGCAGACGGUGUGGGGCUUCAAGGAGCUGAGGCGCACGCUGGAGAAGGACGGAUGGAAGAAGACGGACUUCCUGGUCAACCUCAACCCCCCCAGCAACAGCCGCACCAACGGGGGCUACGAGAGCAGCACCCUGCCUCUGCUGGAUAGGGAAGAAAAGCGUGACAGAGAAAGAGAAAUGAUUCCACUAAACGACAUGGGACCAGAUGCCUACUCUACACUGGACCAGAGGGGGCGUAGCAACACUCUGGAUGACACACUCGAACCUGCUGACAAACACGGAGCACAGGGAGGGAUGUAUGGGGAGAGGAGGGGCUCUCGGCCUCUCAUUGACUCUUACGACGGUUAGGCCACACCCACUCAUCCACUGCAUGUUAGCGCAUGAAAAACUGAUAGUGUGCAUCACCAGAAGUGAGCCUCCUCCAACGUACUGCCGCUGCUGAACCCUAAUGGACGCCACACUCACCACUCAAAUCGGGACCAUCGCCACUCCACACGUCUUUCUCUCUCUCUCUCUUCCCCCCCAUCCUCCUACAUUCCUUUUUUUUUUUUUUUAUCUGAUGGACAGACGUUGGUUACCAAUGUAACACUAGAAAGCAGAGAUCCAUCUCCCUUCCAGUCAGACACUUGAUACCGCAGGAGACCACUCCCUGACCACUAAGCUUUACCUCCAAACACUAAGGAAGCCCGCCCACAAACACUAAGGACCCUCUCGGCUGUGCAACCCCACACGCCUCCUCCCACCACACUACCCGCAUCAGUCGCAACCUCAGAGAGACUCCUCCCACUACACAUGCGGCAACCUGCAAUUGGCCUCGGGUCUUAGAACCUGGAACUUGGAACCACACCAUGACAGUGGCGUCUCUAAGCAGAGGGAACUGUCGGAAUCGGAAAUGAGCAGUUGUACUUUUUCCACAGAGCUGCAGAGUAUGUGCACUUCUCUAGAAGUGGCCAUGAAGAUAUGCCAGUAUAGGUUUCUGCUGUUCCAGUGACAGCUGAACUAAUGAUUACCACUAAACUUUUUGAACCAAUGUUUGUUGAUCUAAUAUCUGUGUGGGCUCUGACGUCGUUCUGGGAUUUCCUGUGCGUUGCUGCAUUUGCUACAGUGAUGUAUGCGUGCCAAAUGUGACCCCACUGAAGCUGAAACUUUAUACAAAGUGUUUCUUGAUACCUUGCUUUACGCCAACUUAUGCAGAUGUCAUACUGAAGCACUAGGGUUGCUUUUUUUAUUAAUACUGCUGUUUUGUUUUUUGGGGGAAGGAGAUCGGAGAGAUUGGAUAGGGUGCGUUUUUUCCAAAAGUGGGAUGUUAUUUAGUCCCACAGAGGAAGGAUUUGUCACACAUGCAAUGACAUGCCGUUAGGGUUAGUGAGCCAAUGUGGUUUAUGGGCUCAAAGGCCACUGACUUUCAUUGUCAUUGUGCGUACAUUUGACUUUAUAAUGCCAAAUUCAUUUUUUUGUACCUGAUGGAACAUUUAAACAAAUAUUCUGUCAUGUACAGAAUCAUAUCUGCUCUUAAGGAGACGUGCCCAUCUUAACAAACCCCUAUCUCUGAUUCUUGUGAAGUUUUCAGAGAAACCAUGAUUUUGAUUGUUGUUGAUUCAGUGAGUGCAUUUUUUUCUAUCUGCAACUUUGUCAAUCUUUCUCUACAUAUAUAUAAAUAUGAAUGUGUACAUAUGAGACUGCCUCUAACAAAAAGUCAGUGUUGCUAACUGGAGUGCCUCGCUUGUUGGGUAGUCUAAUCGGUGGAUGAAUGUCAGUGACCAGGGACAAUAAAUGGAGCCAAACUAUUCUUUGUUCUUUAAGACUCCUGGGUAGAGUUUCCCCAAAGGCCUUGUAGUCCUAAGAUUAUUUCUAGUCCUGUUGUAGGCCUGUAGAAUUCAGGCUUCUGAAGGAACCCGUCAGUGUUCUGUAACCAGUAGCUACAACACAGUACGCCUUCUAGGUUUUUUACAUUCCUUUAGUGCUUGUUCCCUAUUCUAUGUGCUGAGCAAGAUGUAGAUAUUUACUGGGUGGAUAAUUAAAAAGCACUAGGGGUGAUGUUUGUGGCUUUUGUUUUGUUUUCCUUUUUUAUUUAGAUUUAUUUUUGCGUCAUGCCAGACCAACACUAAUGAUCAUCAAUGAUGUGUUGAAAUGUAAAAACAAGUUGCCUUCCGGAAGGGUUCUAGAAUGUUCAGAGAAUUCCUCUUUCCAGAAUCUGUCGCAAUGUAGAAUGUGUACUUUGGAAUUGUUGGGGUAAACAGGGAUUGAGGCAGACAAGGGGUUAAAAUUGGCACGUUUGUUUCAAUCUAUGGGGGGGAAAUCUGACUGGGGGCAAAAAUCUGAUUUAGAUUCUAGUUAUUUAGAUAAAGUACAGAAAUACAAAUAAAAAGCACAUUUAACUAUAUAAUACAAGAGAAUAUUUGUUAAUUUGUAUGGUUUUAUGUAUUCCUUUUUUAUAUUUUAUUUUGGGUUUAAUUGUUUGGGGUAUUUUGGAUGAACGCAUAUGCAAUCAGUUUUAUUUUUUGAUUGAGAACAUUUACAGUUUAUAUAUUUUAAUUAAACACAAAACUAGCAAAAACAAAACUCAUUCUGUCAUGCUAUGUUGGCGAUUUGUUAUUGGAACACUAAUUGAAAAGCUGAUUCAGGAGUAAUCAGCUUUAUCUACUUGCCUUGGCUCUUAAAAUUGCACAAAGUUAUCAUAAAUUAAAUGUGUAACUAGCAAUACUGUUUUUAAUAAACAAAAAAUGAUUUUUUUCCCCA